GCUGGUACAGAGAAGACAGGCGGAUGCGAAUCUUGGCUGAGAAAUCUGUCUAAAAGCCAGUGCAGCCCAGAAGCUGUUGUCAGCCUGAAUUUCAUUCCUAUUUACCUAUUCACUGUGGCGACAGGGAGUAACUAAACUCCUUCAUCAAGAACUGUUCCUCUGCCGCGCAGUCCUGUAGUGUGAUGUACAGCAUCUGUACGAAGGCUUUUCGUGUUCUCUGCUGUAAUCAACGCCCUCUACUUUCUUUGGAAAAUACCUCCUGCUAAUUGUCUCGCUGUUUUUGUGAACUGCCAGAGCUGCCAAUUGAUUCUUCUAUUAGGGUAUCAUAAUGGUGAUGUGCAGAGAAAGAUCGUCUGCUUUUCUCUGUAUUUGUGUGGAGUUCGACCUCAAUGCGCAAGACUGAAAACGGGAAUGGCACACCGGAGGACGGAGACCACGACGGCAUGUUUUGGAGUUGUGACAAAGAAAAUCCGCAGCCUUUUCCGGCACUUCCCAAAGUCAAAGUCAUGGUCAGAAGGCUUUCAGCUUCUCCCAACACCCAGCCAUGAGCUACUCAUAGUCAGAGAUUAUAAAUUAUCUCGUCACUGGGAAUGUCAGAGCCUGAUACAUCUAGAGCAAAGUGAUAUAACUGACCCGGUAUCUCCAGAGAAAACAUUCGUCCUCCAUCUGCAGAAGGUUCAAGAUGAACCAAAAGAAGAAAAAAAGCCCAGCAUCCAAGAAUUAAGGCAGAGAAUAGAGACCUUCAACAUGAUGGUUCAGAACGGCCUAAUUAUGAAGAUGAGAGAGGAUGGCACUUAUAAUGGAUUCAUUAAGGUGAAUCUGAAGCUUCAACGUCCAGUGACUGUAACGGACAAACCUGAGUCUUCAUCCGUUAUCACUAUGAAAGCAAUUUCAUCAAGUAGUCCAGUGGAGAAAAAGACUUCCUUCUACAUGCCCCUGGAUGCUGUAAAACAACUUCACAUCAGCAGUUUGACCACCGCCAGUGAAGUCAUCAGGGGUCUUCUACAGAAGUUCCAAGUGGUGGAUGAUCCUCUCAAAUUUGCACUGUUCAAGCAAAUGCAAAAGGAUGGACAAGUUCUCUUUCAGAAGCUUGCACUAACAGAGCAUCCGCUAUACUUGCGGCUUUUAGCUGGACCAGAAACUGAAAAGCUUAGCUUUGUACUGAAGGAAAAUGAGACAGGAGAAGUUCAAUGGGAAGCCUUCACUGUUCCAGAACUACAAAACUUCUUGUUGAUAUUGGAGAAAGAAGAAAAAGAGAAAGUACAACAAGUGCAAAAGAAAUACACUGCCUUUCGUCAGCACUUGCAGGAAGCUCUCACAAAAGCCACAAUAAAACCUCUGUAACUUUAAAUCUCCAGUGGAGAGAACAAGACACAACAAGGAUAUUUAGGUCUUGGAGGUAGCAUGAUUGGUUGCAUAGGUGUCUACCUCCGAGGCAAUGGACAAAGAAGAAGAACAAUAAUUUCUGGCUGAAAUGUUACAAGUUGUGCCUUCAAUGGACACGUCAAAGGCAGGAGAAAUUUGCACUUUUUGACCCAUUAUAAGUCACCUAGUUUUAUAGACCAAAACAAAGGCUCCAAUAUCUCAGGGUCAUAGCCUUUACAUUGUAUUUUAUACUUACAAUAAAGUCAAGAUGUCCCUGACAUCCACCUUGCAACAAGGCAUCAGGAGCUUGGCACAUGUCAGGUGAACAAGAUGAGCCAUAAUUACCUUUGGUGAAUUGUCAUGGUCCUACAACGCUUUUCAGGCCAUGUAUUCUUCUCCGAUUAAAUAACUGUUCUAUUUAUUUAUUGCACAAAGUGAAGUUAUUUAAUAGUAAGUGAAUAGUAAACGCUGCUUUAAGCCAUUCAAGACGUCACAAAGAAGAGCAUCAGCAGGUAGUUUGCUUAGGGGUGUGAUUUAUAGUUUUAUCAGCCAAAAGUCUAAAUGUGAAAAGUCAAUAGUACUGGAUGAACUGUUUACAGACUUGGAACGCAGCAAUGCUUUGCUGUCUUUACAAGAUAUGAAGUUACAAGAACGAGCCUUACAUGUAUCAUACUGCAAAUCAUUUUGAUUUCAUGAAAAAAAAAAAAAGCUAUAUUUAUACAUGAAUGACUCGCAACUUUCCAUUUAGUUCUUAAAUUACCGCACAAAGAAAUGCACUGAAUUCAGGGGAAAACUGAAGUUGCUUUACAUUUAGAUUUUACAAACAAGGUAAAGUUAUUACACAAAGGAAGGUAAAUUGUAUAAUUAAUCUCUGUAAAAUUUACCCAUAUCCAUACCUCUCCUUCCAUGAAAAAGAUAUCCAUAAAACUUUGAAAUAUCUUCUAAACAAAAUAUAGGUUCUCCCACCCAAUCCACCAUCCCACCUCCCUGUCUCUGAGUUGACUGAUCAAAUCUCUACAUGGGAGAUCAGUUUACAGCACAGACCAAACAUGGUUGCAUCAUCUAGUGAGUGAUUUAUUUAAUCGAGAGCUGCAUAAUAUUUAAAGGGGUUAUCCAAUGUCAUAAACAGCCACCCCAUGUGUCGGGCCCCCCACAUGGAAUAUACUUACCCCGCUGCUGGUCCCCGCACUGCCACUUCUCCCUGUACACGGAUGAAAACAUCAGUGUCGGGGGUAGCAGGGAGGCUCUUCCCCAUCUGCCAUUGGCUUCUCCCCCCGGCACCGGAUGUUUUCAUCUGUGUACAGCGAGAAGCGGCGGUGCGGGGACCAGGAGUGGCACCGGGAGCGGGGUAAAUAUAUUCCGUGUGAGGGGCCCGACACAUGGGGGGGCUGUUUAUGACAUUGCAAAACUCAAAGUAUUUUGAGUUACUUAUUGUUCAGGCUUUCUCUUUGCUCUUUCUCAACAGCGGUCUGUAUACUUGAAUGUGGUAUUUUGGGGAAAAUGCAAUUGCUACAAGAAUUGUUUAGUAAGGCUCCGCUCACACCAGUGUUGAAUGACAAACGCCGUUGACUUAACAAUUAGGUCCUUUGGGUCCCACCACAUCAUUUUGAGCGAAAAAUGACUGUAUUCAGAACUAUGUUUUUCAGUGUUUAAGGCUAGUUGUACAUCUGUGAUCAGAUUCCAGUAUUCUGUUCAGGCAUAGGAACAGAAUACUGAAAUAGCUUAAUCCAGCAUAUGCUGGAAACUGUCUAGUCUAGUCUAAUAGGUUCAAUUCUAUAAUUGGGUUCACUAGUUUCCCAGCAUGAAUACCAGCAAUUUACUGGACAAAAUACUGCUGCAUGUAGCAGUAUUUUAACCUAUUUUUGCCACAAUAUAUGACUGAAGCCUCCGUCGCAGAUGUGAACCUAGUCUAACCAAUAUGGAUACAGCCUGCUUUGGAGCUCCGUCACGCUCUUUCAAAUCAAUAUACUGCACUUCACCAUGAUUCAGACAUAACGGAGAUUUAGCAAUCACUUCAUACAGUCCUGUGGGUAGUAAGACAUCCACUUUUAUUUUUGCCUUUUGUCCAACAUGCUUUACAUAGCAUUGAGACGGCUGAGUCCUUCACAUUAAAAUCUCCUUACUCUGCUGCAAUAUUUUAUUAAACUAUACCCCCUUAUACGUCCUCAACUAAUGCUUUGUGUCGUGAGGGGGCAAAAAUAAAAAUACAAAAUUAACUUCAAAACCAAUGUUUAAAUGGAAAUCUGGAUGUCACAGGGGUUUCCCUGGACUACUCCUUUCCCCUUUACCAGCUAUGCUACAUUUUCCACUCAAUUUGGUGCAGAUUUGCCACUGCUGAUUUCCCUGCGGAUUCCUACAGAAAUUUUCUGCAGCAAUUUUGCAAUAUGUGCAUGCAUUUUAAGCAAAGUUCUAAAUUCUGUAGGAUAACUGCUACCAUAGUGUCUAGCAUUUUGGAAGCUCAAUUGACAACCACAGCUAAUCUGUUAACUCACGUCUUGCCUUUUUGGUGGCAAACAACUGUCUGGUCCAAAGACAACCAUCAGAAUUUUUAAAGUUGUAUUUUUAAUUCAAUAUCUGAUGAGUGGCAGUCAGACUCCCAGCACCCCCACUGAUUAGCUGUUUGAAAGGGCAGCAGAACAUAUCCAAGUGCUGCAGCCUCUUCAUAGAAUACCAAGCAUAGUGCCAUACAUAGCACUAUUCUCCGUACUGAGCUGCACAAAAGCCAUGUAACCGAUGGAUGCAAAGUCAUACACUGAGCACUUUCAAAAGCUAAUUGGUCAUCAAUAUUUAAAUACAGGAAAACCCCUUUAAAAGCUACACAUUUUUAAAAUGUUUUCAUUGUCACAUAAGAACUAUUACUUUUAUAUUUUUCCCCCGAUUUAGCUGUAUGGCAGUUUGCUGUUUUCGAAGGACAACUUGUAUUUUUUAAUGGCAUCAAUUUACAAUUUAAAUUACAUUUGUAAUUUUUUGGAGCCAUAACUUUUUUUUAUUUAUCUUUUCAUCGACAAAGCUCUGUGAGGGCUUUUUUGAGUGAUUCUUGUUGGUAAUAUUUUGUAUGUACCCUUAAAAUGUCACUUUUAUUACUAAUGCCU